AUGGACGGAAAAGAACAAACCAAUCUCGUGAACAAGUUGACGCAGUUAAAAAUCGCAACAGAGAAGUCGAAGACACUGCUGAGAGCAGGUAAGCGAGUAGCAAUUAAGCGACACCUCGACGCGUUGCAAGCAACGGCCAACGAGGCUAAUGAGUGCAGACGCUCCGCGGAAGCGUUAAAAAUCGAACAAAAGGAAGAUCUCGAAAAAAUUAAGGAAUGGAACGAUGAGUUAGAUCUGAAAUUUGACGCUGUAGACACGGCCAUCCAAAAUCUAGAACAAUUCCUUUCUGAAGCCGAAAAGGCCAAAAGAGAUCUAACGCAUGCGGAAGAGUUAAAACAGGAACAGUUGUUGCAUGAAGCGCGAAUGAAAAUGCAAGCUGAAUUGUCUUCGGCCCCCAAACCUCAAAAGGAAGGUAAAGAACCCAAAGUAGUUUCGACUGGGGCGGCAAAAUUACCCAAACUCGUCAUCUCCAAGUUUGGCGGCUCCUUUACUGACUGGCCGAAAUUUUGGGGACAAUUUUCUGAGGCGGUUGACAAAAGUUCACUAGCACCAAUGACGAAAUUCACGUAUCUGCUAGAGCUGCUAGAACCGAAGGUAAAGCGUAGUGUCGAGUCUCUUCCCUUUGGGCUUGAGGGUUAUAAUAGAGCAAAAGCUAUUUUGAAAGAGAAAUUCGGCAGGGAGUCGGAAAUCGAGAAAUGUUACGUGAAUGAGGUUUUGGAUUUACCAAAUAUUUCGGGAACCAACCCUCGUAAGAUUGCUAACUUUUGUGAUAGACUUACACACUCUGUUCAAGCACUUGAGACUAUGGGGAAACUUAGCGAUAUAAAGGGGUACGUACCAAUGACUCUAAAUAAGAUAUCGCGAAUUCGAGGGGAUUUGGUGCGUGAUGACCCUGAGUGGGAAUCCUGGGAUUUCGUAAAGUUUCUGUAA